AAAGCUUCACAUACUUCUAAGCUCCUCCCCCGGCGGCGAGCCAGGGAGAAAGGAUGGCCGGCCGGGCGGCGCGGUUGGUUCUGCUAGCUGGGGCCGCGGCGCUGGCGAGCGGCUCCCAGGGCGACCGUGAGCCGGUGUACCGCGACUGCGUACUGAAGUGCGAGGAGCAGAACUGCUCGGGGGGCGCUCUGAAGCACUUCCGCUCCCGCCAGCCAAUCUACAUGAGUCUAGCAGGCUGGACCUGUCGGGACGACUGUAAGUAUGAGUGUAUGUGGGUCACCGUUGGGCUCUACCUCCAGGAAGGUCACAAAGUGCCUCAGUUCCAUGGCAAGUGGCCCUUCUCCCGGUUCCUGUUCUUUCAAGAGCCAGCAUCUGCUGUGGCCUCUUUUCUCAAUGGCCUGGCCAGCCUGGUGAUGCUCUGCCGGUACCGCACCUUUGUGCCAGUCUCCUCCCCCAUGUACCACACCUGUGUGGCCUUCGCCUGGGUGUCCCUCAACGCAUGGUUUUGGUCCACAGUCUUCCACACCAGGGACACCGACCUCACAGAGAAAAUGGACUACUUCUGUGCCUCCACCGUCAUCCUACACUCAAUCUAUCUGUGCUGCGUCAGGACCGUGGGGUUGCAGCACCCAGCUGUGCUCAGUGCCUUCCGGGCUCUCCUGCUGCUAAUGCUGACCGCACACGUCUCCUACCUGAGCCUCAUCCGCUUCGACUAUGGCUACAACCUGGUGGCCAACGUGGCUAUUGGCCUGGUCAACGUGGUAUGGUGGCUGGCCUGGUGCCUGUGGAACCAGCGACGGCUGCCUCACGUGCGCAAGUGUGUGGUGGUGGUCUUGCUGCUGCAGGGGCUGUCCCUGCUGGAGCUACUGGACUUCCCACCGCUCUUCUGGGUCCUGGAUGCCCAUGCCAUCUGGCACAUCAGCACCAUCCCUGUCCAUGUCCUAUUUUUCAGCUUUCUGGAAGAUGACAGCUUGUAUCUGCUGAAGGAAUCAGAAGCCAAGUUUAAGCAGGACUGAAGACCUUGGGAGCGGGUCUGCCCCAGUGGGGAUCCUGCCCCCACCCUGCUGACCCCCCUUCUCUCCCCAACCCUUGAGAUGAUUCAUUUUCUCCUUUCAACUUCUUGAACUUGGACAUGAAGGAUGUGGGCCCAGAAUUACUUGACCAGCCCACUCCUGCUGGCUCUCACCAGCCUUGGAGCCUGGGCUAGGGAAGGCCUCCCAGCAUCUGGGACUAAAGAAUGGGCAGCCCCUCUGCCUCCUGGAGCCGAACUGAGUGUCUUCUUAGCUCUACCGGGAGGAAAGCUGCCUGUUUCCUCCCCACAUCCCCCGCUGCCUGGCGUGGUCCCAGAGCCCUCUGUCUACUUGGGAGACCGGGGACCACAGGCCUUAGGGAUACAGGAGGUCCCCUUCUCUUGCCACCCCCACCCUCCUCCAGGACACCACUAGGUGGCGCCAGAUGCUUGUUCUUUGGCCAGCCAAGGUUCAAGGUGAUUCUCCUGAUGGGAUCUUGAGGGACCAAGCUGCUGGGAUUGGGAUUGGGAAGGGAUUUCACUCUGAUCAUUGCCAGGUUCCCAGGAGGCCUCACCACACUCCCCUUCAGGGCCAGGGCCCCAGCAAGCCCAGGGCAAGGAUCCCUUGCUGAGGUCUGGUUGAGAGCCUGCCACCCUGUGUCGGGAGUGUGGGCCAGGCCGAGUGCAUAGCUGACCUGUGGUAAGCAUGGGCUUGGGUGUGUGUGAGCUCAGGCCUACGUGUGCAGCAUGAAGAGGGGUGUUGCGGGGUACGAGGUGUGGUUUCAAAGUGUGUGUGUGUAGGGUGCGGGUGGGUUAGCUGGGUUAGGGGAACAUGCAUGUGAGCGUGCUUGUGGGCAUGUGAGAGAGGCGAGUGUGACUGCAGGUGAAUGUGCCCUCAGUUGAGAGGUUGAAGAGGAUGAGGGAAUCAUGUCACCAUCAGUAAUCACUGUGGAGCACCAGCUCUGCCCAAGGCCCCAGCCAGGCAGACAGCCAGGACCUCUGCACAGCCAGGCUGCCUGUGUGUGUGUUCCCUGUCCCACGCCCCCUGCACACCUCGCAGGGCCUCCACACAGCAACCAGCCCCUAGGGGGCAGAGAAAGGAAAAUGGGGAUGCCUGGGGCUCUCUCCAGCCUCUGUAUCUCCUUGCCUUGGCAUGGUUGACCUCCCCUCCAAAAGCCCCUUUCCCCUGCUGCCUGACCCUUUGCAUCGCCUGGACUUUGGGGAGGAGGAAGGGAUUGAGGGAGAAGGGGUGAAAGCUUGUGGCUGGGUCUGGUUUCUGCCCUCCCCAGAGGGUCUUACUGUUCCAGGGUGGCCCCCCGGGCGAGCAGGAGCCACACUGUGCGGACACCCUGGUAAAGGUGACCCCUGCCAGUUGCCAGCAGCCCUGGCAUGUUCCUGCCCCACAGGGAUAGGAUAGAGUGAGUGCCAGAAACUUUCCAUGCCAAAGGCAGUGUCCGUGGUUGAAGCAGACUGGAUUUUUGCUCUGCUCCUGACCCCUGGUUCCUCUUUAGGGGAGGGGAGCUAUGCUAGGACUCCAGCCUCAGGGACUUGGGUAGCCUGUGCUAGGUUCUUUUGAUACUAAAAACUGUUUUAAGGUGGGAGGGUAGCAAGGGACGUGGUUAAUAAAUCAUUUUCAGCCUCA